GCACUUUUGUCUUUGGCACAGAAUAGAACUCAAUCCACUCUGCUUACCAGUCCCAAGGGUAUAAAAGGCCGUCAUACUCCGUAAUUUGUUCAACAAUCAGAUCCAGGCAUUACCGCUUGAUCUCCUGGGAGAUUCGGCACACUCUGCGUAGACGCUGUCCAUGAUGUCGUCCUAUCUCGACGAAAAGUCCCUUCUUGCCCUUGGGGAGAUAGACCCGGAGCUCAAAGAUUUCCUCGAGAAGGCCAAUUUACCUCCUAUCAACUAUGACAAUCUGGACGAUUUCAAAGCCAUGGUCGACAAGCGCAAUGCCGCAGCAAUCGAAGCCUUAGGCCAACCUCCGCCAGAAGUCAAGCAGACCGAAGUCCAGUACCCGACGAGCGAUGGCUCCAAGAUCCGUGCAAAGCUAUACCAGCCUACUAACCCACCUAAGGAAGGCAGUCCGCUAAUUGUCAUGUAUCAUGGUGGCGGCUUCUGCAUCGGAGCUCCUGAAGGCGAGGAGCAGAGCUGUCGAAAUUUCGUCCAGGCUUUUGGCGCCGUUUGCCUUUCAGCUACCUAUCGCCUAGCACCUGAAUUCAAAUUCCCAUAUGCUCCCAAGGAUGCUUGGGACUGCUUGAAGUGGGCAGCUGAAAACGCCAAAUCCUGGGGUGCUGAUCCCUCUGUUGGAUUCGUCAUUGGGGGGACAUCUGCCGGCGGAAACAUCACGGCUGUCCUGGCCCAUGUCGCCCGAGAUGAGGGUCUGUCACCGCCGUUGACUGGUCAAUACUUGGCCAUUCCAGCCGUUUUGCCGGACACCAAAGUACCAGAGCGGUAUAAGAAAUACUUCCUGUCGUACGAGCAGAACAAGAAUGCACCCGUCCUUCCCAAGGCAGCGAUUGACAUGUUUAUGCAAGGCUACCAACCCGACAAUGACGAUGGAGUCUGGUAUGCUGUAUUUAAUCACCCCAAGGGCCAUGCAAACUUGCCUCCCACUUUCUUCCAAAUCGAUGGGAUGGACCCGCUGAGAGAUGAGGCAAUCAUCUUUGAACGAGUCCUUCGGGAAGACAACGGGAUUGAAACCAAGAUGAACCUGUAUCCAGGCUUGCCCCAUGGUCACUGGGGCUUCUUCCCGUUCUUGAAGGCCAGCGAGAAAUUUCGAAAAGAACAAGUCGAGGGGAUGGGAUUCCUACUAGGCAAGGAGCCCGAUUUCAGCAAAGUCAUUCUCAAAGCUGUCUCUGCUGGCGUGUGAACUUUGGCAGUGAGUUGGGAAACCCUUCAUGUCGGAGAUGGGGCGCGGUCGAGCCGUUGCGGAAGAAUAGACCCUUUGGAACAUUCAAAGAGAGUCGUCAAUCCUGGCUCAUUGCUAGUUCUGUGGUCUUGCUGCCUUACUUCUUCCGCUCUCGAAUCUUGAACUUGACGCCGUUCUUGUUGACCCCUCCGACCGUUCUCGCCAUCUUUGCACGUUGGAGCUCCAAUUGGUCGGCCGCUGCCAGUAUCUCCCGC